AUUAGUUUACCAGCCCUGGAACUGCGGCUUUGUUUGUAGCCGAGAAUAUUGGUGAUAUCAUAGUGUGUUCAAGAGAGGCAAAGAGAAACUCUCUUGCGCUCUCUCCUUAAAACGGAGAGUGCGUGGAAAUGAAAACAUUGCUUUCACCAUCUCGCCGAUUAGUCUGCAUAUCAGUGUUUAGUCGGCUUUUCGCUUUCGUUAGAUAAAAAUUAAGUGCGUGGUGUCGUUGCAAUUCGCGGAUUAUAUAAGGGAUUUGAGCCGCGACUGCAUUGAUUUUCCAUUGGCCAUGGCCCGCAUCGUUGAAAGCAAUGUAAGUUAAAUGCAACUAAUUCCGUUCGCUGGUAUGUUUAUAUAACUCCUCGAUUCGCAUCACCACCUGCCCCGCCCACAUCCAUCUUGUUCUAUUCCCCCUCACAUUUCAUAGUUGUCAGUGAUGAUCAUUUUUCUCUUGGCCAAAUGCCUAAUGCCUCGGUGGUUUUGCAUUCUCCCAAAUUUGUUGGUCAACAGUGAUGGGAACUGUUUGUAUUAGUUAUUUGUUAUUAUUUUAAAUUAUGAAUAAUUGAGAGAACUAAAUGCUUGCACUGUAGAAAUAGUUUGUAACCUAGCCACCUGAUCAUUUAACUCAUCUAUUGGCUCAUAAACUAACACAAUAUGUAAAUAGUUUCCUUCCCAUCACUGUUGCCCAGUGACGUCGCCGACUUAAGAAUAGAGAUGAUGUCUGCCUUGUGCCCCGAGGCAAUGAAUGAUGCGGAUCGUCUGGUGGAAAAUCUGCGCCAUGUGCCGGUCCGCCUGCCCAGGGAGUUGGAGGUUCGCCAGCUGUGCCGCUCGUUGAGUGACUUGCUCGUCGGCGAGUCGAAUCUACUGAGCCUGCAGAGUCCGCAGAUCGUAUGCGGUGACAUUCACGGUCAGUUCGAGGAUCUGCUCCACCUGCUGGAAUUGGGCGGUUCGGUGCAGGAGCAUCGCUACUUGUUCCUGGGUGACCUGGUGGAUCGGGGCAAGAACAGCGUGGAGACCUUUCUUCUGCUAGCUGCUCUCAAGGUGCGACAUCCGGCACAAGUUAGCCUGCUACGGGGCAAUCAUGAGUGCCGCAGUGCCACUCGAUCCUAUGGAUUCUACGAGGAGUGCCUUUCGCGGUACGGCUCUGCGAAUGUCUGGAGGAUGUGCUGCCGUGUCUUCGAUCUCUUGCCGCUGGCGGCUAUCAUUGAUGGCAAUAUAUUGUGUGUUCAUGGCGGCCUGUCGCCGGAUAUGCAACGAUUGGAUGACUUACGUAGCCUGGAUCGCUGCCACGAGAUACCCGAAAGUGGAAUUAUAGCUGAUCUUCUCUGGAGCGAUCCACAGGAAGCGCCUGGAUGGGCGGCAUCGCCACGAGGACAUGGAAAACUCUUCGGUGGCGAUGUUGUUGAGGAGUUUACGCGCGCAAAUGGAAUCUCUCUCAUAUGCCGCGCUCAUCAGUUGGCCCAGGAUGGCUUCCGUUGGCAUUUUGGCCAACUUCUUGUUACCAUAUGGUCAGCACCCAACUAUUGCUAUCGCUGCGGCAACAAAGCGGCUAUUCUGCGCUUAAAUGCUGCUGGCGAUUAUGAUUUUAAAGUGUUCGAAGCGCAGGCGCUGCACUCCAAACCGCAGCCAAGGAAACCGAAAAAGCGUUGUCGUCAAUUUUUUCAAUGAUUUAAUCGCUAUCUGAAUCUUAUCCCAAGUAUUAAUACGGUUUGAACUGGCCGAACCUACCGAUCACUCCAAAGCGACCUUUGCCAUUCCAAACUACUCAUAUACUCAUAAUUUCGUAAUCAAUAAAAUACGUGUACUUAG